CGGGCGCUGAGCCGGCAGGAGACUCAUAACUGGCUAAAAAGGCAUCCAAAGACUCGCUGUGCUGCAAUGCUGCCCUCCAACCUAGAUCAGCACGCUGCCCCUGGAGCGGAUGGGCGAGCUCGGCGCCUUUAGAGGGGGUGGGAUGCCUUCUGCUAACUCAGGUUCUCAUGCACAGGAGAAGCAUGCAUCUACAUACAAAGUACGACUCUUAUCUCUGAAUCCUCCCCAGCCGGCCCUAUCACACCGCCGGGUAUGCAACGAAGCCGGAAAGAAUGCCAACUGCUCGUCCCCAAGGAUGCAACAACAAUCCACGACCAUUCACACACACGAUCGGUCACCGCAAAGGGCAACUCACCUUUUUUUUUUGAACAUUGUCCCCGCGGCAGUUGCCGGAGGCACAGGGCAGCAUCGCUUUCCCACCGCCUUUCGUCUGGCCGUGGCCCCACCGCUCACCGCCCCUCCUGAAAAUCCAUCCGGGGAUCCCGGCCGGUGGCUUCGAUCCCGGCGAACCCCACCGUCACAACCCACCAACCGAAAGAUCAACAGGUCCCGGCCCGUCCAGACGACAUGGGACGACAAACAAUUUUUUUUUUUUUUUUUUGAAACAUGCCUGAGGGUUGUGAAUCUCAUUCUCGUUUUGCUUGCCCUGGAUUCAUUGCUCGUGGCAGCCAUGAAGGCGAGGACCGUCGUAAUAUUGCUUCGACAGUGUUAUUUUUGGCCGCGGGGAAGGAGGGGUUCGAGUCGGAAACGCGGGGUUGGGUUCGCCGCUCGGUGCAACCCGCAACCAUUGCAUCGGGGGACAAACGAAUUGAGAAAGCGAAGCGGGAGGCUAAAAUGCAUCGGGGCCAGGUGAGGGUCUCUGCACGGGUUGUUGUUGCGCCAUGCCAGCGAAGGUUCUUCCUACACUACAUACAGCAACGAGGUAACGACCCAACUAACUAGCGAGGUUCGGGUUGCCCUUCGCUCGGUUUGCUUCCAUCCUUCUCGUGUCCACUUAGUCUAUUUCCGUUUUCAGUCUAUUCCGUCUUCAUCAAUUGA